AUGUGGUCCCAGGCGAGAUGGGUGUUCAGCAUGAUGCUCUUUUCUUGGGCACCGCCGACACAUGAUACCAUCAAAAAGGAUGAGGAAGAUGAAGCUGAUUAUACCGACACGGAAGAAGAAUAUCAGAAGGAAGAUGCCAGUAGUUUCAAGGGCAUGCUUUCCGAUUGGCAGAAGGCAGAGCCCCUGGGACUACAGCUUUCACAGUGUUGGCAUGAAAGUUCAGGACAUUCAGGAAAGGCUCAAGUGAGAGGCCGUCGACUUGCCUUCAGCCUUCUCCAAUGUCUUCGCAGCGGCCUGGUUCUAGGCGGGUUGAUCGAGCUUGUAGCCAUGUUGACGGCCGCAAUCCCGCCAAUUAUUCUACGCUGGCUUCUCGUGGCUUUAGCUGAUUCAACAACGAACCCCGAUCCCGCCACGUCGAGUAGUACACAAGACGCUCACAAACCACACAUUAUACGCAUCUCACACAGCUAUACUCUGGUGGCUAUUAUGGCAGUCACGCAAAUGGCCGCCGGUAUACUCAUCAACGCCUCAAGAUACAGACUGGAAGGAGUUGGAGCCCAAGCUAAGGCUGCUCUCACAUACAUGAUAAUGGACAAGGCCUUCUUGGCCCCGCCAUCCUCAUCAGCCAUCAAUGUGAUUCGAAGUCCACAUGAUCGCGACAAGGAUGGCCCAGAACAAACAUGGAACUCCGGCACCGUUUUCAACCUUGCAUCGGUGGAAGCCUCCCGUAUAGAAGACUGUAUCAGCGGCAUCAACGCCAUCUGGACUGUACCAGCAAGCUUUCUUCUUGCAAUCCCUAUGCUGGCCACCAAUGUGGACGCAUCCUCGCUCGGGGGCAUGGUCAUCUUGCUUCUGGGUCUGCCUGUUUUCACGCGCGUGGCCCUCCGUAUCUGGAAUGAACAGAAGGCUCUCAGUGGGUUCUGUCGACAUCGUGCUGCCUGCACUUUGCAGGUAAUCCAAGGCAUUCGAGGGAUCAAGCUUGCGGGAUGGCCAUCUCAAACAAUGGUUUUGAACAAGUUGUGCGGGAUGAGAGUUGUUGAAUUGGUAACGGCAAGCCGUUUGUGGCACAACCGGGCCAUGCUAGAAGCAGCAUGUGCUUUGUUACCAACUUUAGCCUCGAUGGCAAGUCUCGUUCUGUAUGAUACUCUACAUGAAGGUGUGCCAGAUCCAGCGAAAGCUUUCUCAUCCUUCGCUCUCUUCUUGGCUCUCAAGCCGCACGUCAACCGGGCGGCACAGGCAGCAGUCCAGUUGCAAGAUCUCCUUGUCGGAUGCCGCGCGAUUGAGAUGUGGUUGGAGACGGAAGAACCGCACCAAAUGAGAACAAUUUCUGCAGAUUGGGCGGUUGAUGUUGCUCAAAACACGAUUCUCAGUUGGCCAGCCAGAUCGUCGGCUGAUGACUUCCAUCUCUCUUUCAACACCCAGGCUCAGAUUAUGAACGGUGAACUGGUAGCUAUUUGCGGCCGCCCUGGGUCUGGCAAGUCCUCUUUAAUGCAUGCUAUUGCAAGUCAGAUGUGUCUUGAGACAGGAAGCUUUGAGUUGGGUAUCGGCUCAAAAGCGGCUUUGGCUAGCCAGACGCCAUGGAUUAGACAAGGCACAAUUCGGAGCAACAUCACUUUCGACCACAAAUUCGAUGAGGCCAGAUAUUGGAAGGUCAUCAGUUCUUGUGCUCUCAUGGACGAUCUCGAGCGCAUGCCCCGACGAGAUCUCACCGUUGUUGGAGCGGGUGGCCAAGGUCUCUCAAGUGGACAGGCACAGCGCGUGAAUAUCGCCCGAGCGAUUUACUCGAAUGCGGAUAUUGUCCUUGUUGAUGAUUGCCUUCGAAACCUUGACCCUUCAACUAGCAAGACGGUAUUUGAAUACGGUCUCUGUGGCCUAGCCAAAGAUCGCACACGAUUUGUCGCGACGAACCAGGCUUGGGUGGCCCGCCAAUGUGACCGAAUACUGUGGCUCGAAGAUGGAAAGGCCACCUGGCUCACUUCUUCAAGCAAACUUGAAGACUAUUUCCCAUCCCUCAUGGGAGAAGAACCUGUGGAAAAUUCCUCAACCCAACAACAGGAAGCUCAGUCUUCCCCCCGGCGGGCUGCAACGAAAGCCUCUACUCUAGAUCCUAGGAGCACGUCGGAAUCAUGGUCAUCUCAUAGAGACACAAAACGACGUGACUCCUUUCAAUUAUAUCUAGGACUUAGCGCUGGGCCAAAGGCAGCGCUCAUAGCGGGUGGUAUUGUCUUCUCAUGGCAAGUCACUGCUGCAGCUGUCGUUUUAUGGCUUUCUCUAUGGACAUCUGACCGUUUCGGCCUUUCCGGCUUUGCGUCAGUGACUUUAUUUGCUAUUUUUGGUUUUGGCGAGGCGCUACUAGCGUAUAUCCUGUGCCUCAACAUCACCACGAAGAUGUUACACGCAAGCCAUACCUUGUGGGAACGAUCGGUGAGGCGAGUUGUUGCUGCGCCCAUGGGUUUCUUUCAAGACUCUCUACUUGGUAGCAUCAUGGACCGUCUCUCCAAAGAUGUAGACACAACGGACAGAGAGCUGAUAGAGGCGACCCGUAACGCCACACUCCAUCUGGCACGAUUACUUGGCGGCGUUGCCUUGAUGCUCGCAAUGGAAUUUAAGCUUUUACUUGUUGUUCUGCCGGGUCUAUCCGCAGUUGUUGCCAUGAUGUACAGAUAUGCUCCAUGCCUCAAGACUGUUCGCUGCCGGGAGGCUGAACUACGUGCACGUGUAAAUGCUGCAUUUAGUGAGAGCGUAGACGGCGCCAGCUCUAUUUCCGGCUAUCAAAUCGAAUCAUCAGCUCGGUCAACUCUGGUCCAGCGGCUCAAUGGAUGGAGCAACGUUCGACUUCUGGCCGCCGCAAACUUACGCUGGCUUGAAGUUAGACUUGACGCUAUUGUGGCUACUACCAUUGGGCUGACCGGUGCUCUUGUUGUCGCUUCAUCCGCUUCACUUUCACCAUCUACUGUCGGUCUCAUCAUGACCCAGGCUUUGAUUCUGCCUGCGUCUUUGAGACAAGGCAUGAGAUUCUCUACUAGUGCCUUCCAGUCUAUGGUUGCAGUGGAACGUCUGUCGUCUUAUGCUACCAGUAUACCUCGCGAAGGGGAGGCACAACGCGCUUCAAGGUAUCGCAUUGCGUAUGACGCGUCAUGGCCGGCCUCUGGAGAAUUAGACUUCCGGAAUGUGACUGUUUCGUAUCGUCAAGAACCCGGCAAAGAAGCCCCAACGGCGUUGCACGAUAUAUCUCUCAGCAUACCGAGCGGCAUGCAUAUUGCGGUUGUAGGCCCGACUGGCGCAGGGAAAUCGACACUCGUUUCUCUCCUGCUGCGCUUGCUUGACCCGUCGACUGGCAACAUAAACCUGGACAGCGUGUCCAUGGUUGACGUACCACUUCACACGCUACGCUCCCACAUUGCAGCAGUUCCCCAUGAUGCUGUACUCCUUCCUCACAGCACCGUUCGCGAGAUAAUUGAUCCUAAUCACUACCACUCUCUGUCUGCGAUAUCUCAACUACUGUCGGAUCUGGAUGCGCUGGCCGGUCUACAGAAUGAGCCGCCUUUGGAGGUUGACAUGAUAGCUAGUGAGCAGGUAGCUCGGGGAACAGGAAGGGCCCAGCUAUUGGCUUUGGCGGCUGUGUUACUCAAUAAACCGCGGGUAUGCGUACUGGACGAGACACUUGGGUCUUUGAACGUCCAGACAGAUGUCAAUGUCACGGACAUGGCGAGGGACGUGUUGAAGGGCUGCACUAUGGUAGCGGUCACACAUCGCAUGAGAGUGGCGAUGUUAUUUGAUCGAGUGCUUGUGCUCGACGAGGGUGGAGUACAGGCAUACGGCACGCAUUCGGAUGUAUGGAAGAGCAGUCGGUUUUUCAGAGAGGCUUGCAGUCGGGAUGGUAUCACUGCUGAGGGAGUUCAUCAAGCUAGAGUGUAG